AUGUGGGACCGGCUGCGGGGCAGUCGGGCGGCGGGCGGCGGCCGGAGCGCGGCCGCGAUGGCGCAACGCGACGAGAAGGUGCCGGCGGCGGCGGCGGGCGAGAGCGAGCCCGGGGCCGGGGCCGGGGCCGGGGCUGGGGCCGGGGAUGGGGCCGGAGCCGGGGCCGGGGCCGCGGCUGAGCGGGGACAGAGCGGGGCCGCCGCGCCCUUCCAGCCCCCCGAGGGCGGCUUCGGCUGGGUGGUGGUCUUCGCCGCCGCCUGGUGCAACGGCUCCAUCUUCGGCAUCCACAACUCCUUCGGGAUCCUCUACAUGAUGCUGCAGAGCGACCUGGGCGAAGGGGAGAAGGAUCCGGCGCUAGAGUUUAAAACAGCAUGGGUCGGCUCCCUGGCCAUGGGGAUGAUUUUUUUCUGCUCUCCCAUCGUCAGCAUCUUCACCGACCGCAUCGGCUGCAGGACCACGGCAGCCAUGGGCGCCACCAUCGCCUUCAUCGGGCUCCUCUCCAGCUCCUUCACCAAGUCCCUGGAGGUCCGUUAUUUCACAUAUGGGAUCCUCUUUGGCUGUGGCAGCUCCUUCGCCUUCCAGCCCUCGCUGGUCAUCCUCGGCCACUACUUCAAGCGCCGCCUGGGCCUGGCCAACGGCAUCGUGGCCGGGGGCAGCUGCCUCAUAUCCGUGCCGCUCCCCUUCUUCCUCAAGAUGGUCGGGGGUGCCAUCGGGCUGGCACACACUUUCCAAGUACUCAGUGCCUUAAUGCUCAUCCAGAUCUUCUUGUCCAUGACCUACCGGCCCAUCCUGACGCCUUCUUGUGACUCUCAGCACGAUGGGCACGACAAGCUGGGCAGCCGGAGCAUGAGGCAGCAGUGCUGGGCCCAGACCCGCAAGUAUUUCAACCUGAGGGUUUUCCGGAGAAAGACCUAUAGGAUUUGGGCCUUUGGGAUCGCUACUGCUGUCCUGGGAUACCUCGUACCUUACAUGAACCUGGUCAAAUAUGUGGAGAAACGAUUUCAGGAAACCAAAAAGGACUGGAUCCUCCUGGUUUGCCUCGGGGCCAUGUCGGGGCUGGGGCGCUUGGUUUCGGGCCGCAUUGGCGACUGCAUUCCUGGGCUGAAGAAAAUUUACCUGCAGGUUGCGUCCUUCAUGCUUUUGGGCCUCCUGUGCAUGAUGAUCCCCCAGUGCCGAGGCUUCGAGGGCGUCAUUGUCAUCUGCCUCUUCCUUGGCCUCUGUGAUGGCUUCUUCACCACCAUCAUGGCCCCCAUUGCCUUCGAGCUGGUGGGGCCCAUGCAGGCGUCCCAGGCCAUAGGGUACCUCAUGGGGCUGAUGGCCGUGCCCAUGACUGCAGGCACGCCCAUUGCAGGAUACCUCAACGAUUAUUUUGGGAAUUACGACGCGGCCUUUUACUUUGCGGGGGUGCCGCCCAUCAUCGGCGGCCUGGUGCUCUCCGUGGUGCCGCUGGUCCACCAGAGGAUGCUGAAGAAGCAGCGCCUGGAUUCUGGCAAAGACAAGAUGCUGGUGUCGGAGGCCGUGGUGAACGGGGAGCUGCUGCCAGGCUGCCCAGCCUCCGAGGCACACAUGUGACGCCACUCCUGGCUCUCCAGGACACCAGCAGCCUCUCCAUAGCCCCAGCACAGGCCCUUUCCCAGACGGACAGAAAUUCCCAGUGAUCGCAGAUGCACUAUGUUUGUAAAGGAGAAAACACAAACAUUUCUUCUAGUUAAAGGCUUUUAACUAGCAGAAAUGGCUUUUUUUUUUUUUUUUGGGACAGUUUUGAUUUCAAAGCCACCUUUUUUUUUUUCCCCCUAACCAUUUUUGUAAGGAGAACUCUCACCAGGAUUCAAACUUGAUCAAGCUCCCGCUCCUCUCCCGGUUUUCUAUACGUCACGACAGAGGUUUACAGCUAAUAAAUGCCUUUUCCAAGCAGGCCACGGAUGGAACUUGUUGAACCUUGCAGCUGUCCAUCCUCCUCCAGUGUCACUCGGGUGUCACAUCCAAGUGAGACAGCCCCCUCCCCGUCCAGCACCUGGGGCUGUUUUGGAGCCAGAGAUCCGAAGGAGGAAGCGCUGCUUUAGUCUGAUGCACAAAAACCAAAUAAAUGUCAGCGAGUCCCGCUUUCA